AUGGGCUACAGACGAAGGCUCGUCUGGGCGCUGCUCCUCUGUACGUGUCUGGUCCACGAGCUGCUCGGAGCGGUCUCUGUGGGGGACACUGUGACCCUCUCCUGUAACUACACCCGCGGCGACCCCCCCCUGCCCCCCUCCCCCACCAUCAUCUGGAAAAGCCCCUCAGGAGAAACUCUGUCCAACUCCAAAGACUUCAACCUCACACUGAAGAACGUGAGCAGGAGCCAGAGCGGCACCUACACCUGCCACAUCCCGGACGUGAGGUUUCAGAGGACCGUGAAGCUGAGCGUGACCGAUAAAGUGAUAGUUCCAGACGUAGAGGACCGGAGUGUUCCUACAGGGGGCGCUGUGGGUCUGAUUGGGUCCUUUCUUCACCUAGCAUCGAGCGAACCUGGCGCUACCCUGUCCGAGGCUGGAUCUAGACACGUCGCAGACACUGAUGUCUUGAAACUUGAGAUUUUAUCAUCGCUUAAAGAAGACAUUGCUGGAAUUAUCAAGAAAGAGCUCCAGGAUGCCCUUGUGCCCGCGCUAACACCAGUGAGAUCGAGACGUCAAAACAUAAGAAUUGUUGGAGUCCACGAGGGUCCCAACACCUGCACCACCACUGUUGUCGCUGCCCUGCUUAAAGAGACCCUCGGUUUGGACAACGAGCCCCGUCUGGACCGGUCUCAUCGAACCGCGCCUCGUCGAUCAGCAGCAGGAGAGCGCACGCGUCCCAGAGCUAUCGUCUGUCGGCUUCACUACUGCAGUGACUGUGUGGACAUUUUACGUCGAGCGACAGAGCGGGGACAGAUAAAGGUGCGUGAUAUGACAAUCUCUGUUUUCCCUGACUACACUGACGGCGUGGCUCGGGCUGCAUUCAAUGAUGUGAGGCGACAACUCCGAAACAUCGAGGGCACCCGGUAUGGUCUGUUCUACCCAGCGCGGCUUCGGAUCACCUACGGGGGAGCAGAGAAGGAAUUCACCUCCGCUGAUGACGCUGGACAAUACGUGAAGACCAUGACAACAUGCCACGACUCCGUGAAGCUGAUCAAGUUCGCGGACGACACCACCCUCAUCGGACUCAUCUCCAACAACGAUGAGUCCGCCUACAGGAGGGAGGUGGACCGGCUGGUGUCCUGGUGCAGUGGUAACAACCUGGAGCUCCUGGACCUGGACCUCUGCAGAGGAAGUGAUCGGCCGCAGCCUUCCAUCGCUGCAGGACCUACCACGGUCCCGGUCCGGGUCCAGCUGGGUCAGUCUGUGGUCCUGCAGUGCUCUCUGAGACCGGACCAGAGCUGGUGGUUCAUGGAGGUGCACAGUGGUCUUCAGAGCUGCAUCAGCCAGAACCUGGCUCUGAAUCAAACCAGCUUCUACUCAGUUUCUGAGUCUGAGAAGUUCUCUGUGGAGAGCAGCAACCUGACCAUCCACAACCUGAGCCAGUCCGACCUGAGGACCUACAGCUGCGUGAAGGUCCGGGCCACACAGAACCUCAAGUACGGCUUCCACCAGAUGUUUGAGGAGAGGCACAGAUACACGCUGAGCUCAGAUGAGGACUCUACAAUCCAGGACCUAGGUCUGGACCAGGUCUGGACCUUCAGGCUCCUCCUGGUCUCAGCAGCUCUGAACCUGCUCCUCACUGUUACAGUGUUGGGGCUGUUAUGUUUGAGGAGGAGAGGUUCCAAAGCUGUAGUCCAGGAACACACAGAGGUUCAGUAUGAGGAGAUCCAGCUCAGUCCCAGACCAAGUCCCGGACCAAGUCCCGGACCAAGACCAGGACUCCGAGCUCAUCCUCCCUUCGACUUCUACUGCAAAGUCCAGCUGCCCAUAGCCCCUCCUUCGCUCUCAAAGCCCCGCCCCCUACAUGAGACAAAUGAUGAAGAGGAAUCUGAACCAGAGGAAGAGGAGCAACUCCCAGAACCGACAGAGGUUCAGUCUCAGUCUGGUUCUGAUCCUCGCUGGUUCCACAGUCUUCAAAUCAGAAGGUCCAGAGUCCAAAGAGACCGCAGCAACAGUGACCCCUUCAGGAGCAACGCGGAACUGCCCUGUGCCUGGAGACCUGGGUUCCGGUUCGGGACGUCCCACUCGUAUCUGAGUCUGGAGAAACUGGGAGAAGGAGCCUACGCUGAGGUCUACAAAGGGAUCAGCAGGAUCAAUGGUCAGCUCGUGGCUCUGAAGCAGAUCCGGACAUCGGUUCAGGAGGGAGUUCCCUUCACUGCAAUGAGAGAAGCUUCGAUCCUGAAGAAACUGAAACACAACAACGUGGUUCUACUGCACGACAUCAUCCACACAACAGACACACUCACCUUUGUGUUCGAAUAUGUGCAGACGGAUCUGUCCCAGUAUCUACAGCAGCAUCCAGGAGGACUGCACCCUCACAACACCAGGAUCUUCAGUUUCCAGUUGCUCCGUGGCCUGAGUUUUGUUCACAAACAGAAGAUUCUCCACAGAGACCUGAAACCUCAGAACCUCCUCAUCAGCUUCAGAGGAGAGCUCAAGCUGGCUGACUUUGGUUUGGCCCGGUCUAAGUCGGUCCCCUGUCAGACAUUCUCCUCUGAAGUGGUCACACUGUGGUACAGACCUCCUGAAGUCCUGCUGGGGUCUACGGACUACACCAGCGCCUUGGACCUAUGGGGUGCUGGCUGCAUUCUGGUGGAGAUGCUGCAGGGGGCGCCGGCGUUUCCUGGACUCUCGGACGUCUCUGAGCAGCUGAAGAAGAUUUUCACAGUUUUGGGCGUUCCAUCUGAAGAGACGUGGCCCGGAGUUUCACUGCUGCCCAACUACAGCUCCAUGAGUUUUGAACGCUGUGAGCCUCGACCUUUAAGGAGUGUCUGGAAAAGACUGGGACUGUUGCCCUCUAAGACCGAGGACCUGGUCCAGAUACUCCUGAGACCGAAUCCCAGGGUCCGAAUCUCAGCCCAAGAGGCUCUGAGCCACAAGUACUUCAGUUCCCUGCCACCAGGGGUCCACAGCCUUCAGGAGUCUGAGUCUAUCUUCAAAGUUCCUGGUGUGACCCUGGAGGCUGAAGUCCGAGACCAGUUCUACCCUGGUCCCAGAGUCCGGUCUUCGCUUCUGGACCGGGCCAAGUUCUGGUGA